AGAACGGCCAUGUGCAAAAACCUAGGUAGGAGUUUUCGAAUAAAGACGCGAUUUUAAGAACUUGCAGUGCCAUGUGCUUUUCUCUCAGAGCAUCAUCUCACUUCAUGGCCGCCAGACGUUCUUUUCUCGUAGUAUGCCGAAAGAGCAAGUAUUCACAUUCCUGAAAUCUGUCAUGGACUUUUGGGAGCUUCCCUGGGUGAUAGUUUAAGACGUUAACCUUGUCCAGAAUUCGGAGCUGGUCUGUCGUAAGACUCACUCUCGAAUACAGGCAGAACCCUAAUCCUACACGCUUUGACGCACCAACGAAGGACGAAAUGUGGAAGGGCUCGGGAAUUUACGGAAUAUUCACGGAUUCACAGAUAAUUGUACGGCUUCAAGGACACGGUUCUUUUGCCGUGUUCUGGAUUGCACGAUGAUGGACCCGUGCGAGAUUAAUGACUGAUCCUAUGCGUUGGACGUAAGAAAUCCAUGAAAUGAAAAGAAUGUAAAAUUGCAUGUGUCAUCUUCCCAGUUUGAGGGUUUGCUCUGUUGAAUCAUGAAAAGUGAAAAUGCCUUGCGAGACUGUCGCAGAGGUCAGAAGUGCCGUGAGGCACUUGUGUAGUGGUGUCAAAGUUGAAGGUGACAGAAUUUCAUGUGCCUCUAGUCGUGUCGCAUCUAAUGGUCGAAGGGCAGUGGGGCAGUUUACCAAUUCCAGCUGAAGAUCAGUCUGCUGGAGGGGUUGAGAUUCAAAUUAGCCUGAUCAUCAAGUGAAUUGGAUAUCUGUCCUGCUCAUUGUGCAAUUCGAAUUGAAGAUCCAAUGGGGCGCAAUAAGGGCGAUCCUGCUCGAAGCAAGGCCCGGCCUUCUAGUAGCAGCUUCGCGGCAUCUCUUCUUCAGACACCAGUUGCAUCUGCUGUUGGAUUUGGAGGUUAUGUAGGAAGUGCUCGAGUUGAAACAGGGCCUUCUCCUGAUGGGGAACUUCUUACGGAUGUGGACGGGGAAGCGUCUCUGCAUCUUAAAAGGUUGUCGAAAAAGGAUUCGACCACCAAGAUGAAAGCUUUGGCAGCUCUUACAGCCCUUUUUAAAGACCGCCCUGCUGCUGAGCUCUCUACACUUUUACCUUCUUGGGUAUUCGAGUAUAAAAGACUCGUUCAAGAUAGUAGUCGUCAGGUCAGGGAAAGUUCUCACAUUGCCAUGACAGCUCUCGUAAACUCCGUCGGACGAGGGAUUGCUCCACAUCUGCGAUCUUUAAUGGGACCAUGGUGGGUUGCACAGUUUGAUCCUUCUCGAGAAGUUUCAGAAGCUGCGAAAUGCUCUUUCCAGACUGCUUUCAUUGGACAGAAGAAGCGGCUGGAAGCUCUUAUCUACUGUGCGAAUGAGAUUUUUAUUCAUCUCGAUGAAAAUUUGAAAAGCACUCCACAAACUAUCUCUGACAAGGCAACACCCAUUGAAGAAGCAACUGAGAAACAUGAACGGGUCGUUUCAUGUUCUCUGCUUGCUAUGGCCGCCAUAAUUGACGUCCUUGUGGGAUCACUCAAAACUGGACCAGGCCGUUUGGACAGCCCUGUCGAUGUGGAUGUGGCAGCAAAGACACGGGUCUUAGUAACAGAGGCAGCAACAAAACUUUGUUGGAAUCACAAGUACAUUCGUGAUUACUUGAAGUCUAAGAGUUCACGCAUUCGUUCGGCUGCUUAUCAGGCGUUAAGGGCAUAUAUUCAGCAUAUACCUGAAGUAUUCAAAGAUAGUGACAUGGAAUCGGUUGUACCUUCAAUCCUAGGGACGUUUUCAGAGAAAGAUACUGGUUGUCAUCAACCUAUGUGGGAUAUGAUUCUUUUAUUUGCCCGGAAUUUUCCACAAGCCUGGGGUGUUAGUUCGGUAAAGAAGGUUGUAUUUCCCAGGUUAUUUGGUUACUUGCGGCAUAGUUGCUAUGGUUCAGAACUACUUUCCUACCCCUCUUUGCUACCCUUCCUAUCGUUGAUACCUCCUGAACAUGUUAUUCCCAGUCAAGCUUUCAUUCUUGAAUUUUUAAGCAGCUUUUGGCGCGGGCGACCUGGUCCUCAGCUGGGGUCAACUUAUUGGUCUGCUCAUUUGAAAGCCCUGCAAGAAUGCCUCAUAUGGGCAGUAAAGAACGCCAAAAGGUUCGCGGAUGCAGAAGGAUCUAAUGUUUCUGAUCUUCAAGUCGCACUAAUCGACGGAGUUCUUCUGAAGUUGUUGUGGUGUGAUUACAUUGGGACAUCUACCAGCCAUGCCGUACCAGUGACCUCCACUCCGAUGGUCACCUCUCACGAAGCCCCUGUUGAUUCUACAGAAUCUAGCCAGACUCACCUAUCAAGAACAGCGGCUGAAGGCAGUGGAGCCGAAAGUUUAUCUAGCAAGUCAGCAAUCACAAAUGAGGAUUUCAGCAAAGAUCUCUGUUCAUGCAUUGUCGACAUCAUCCAGUCUUUAUCUGAACAUGAACUAUUGGCUUCCUUUUGGACUGAGUUCCAGGACAUCUGUCUUAAGAUUGUUGAAGAGGCCGGGCGCCGUUGGCAGUCCUCCCGGGAAAAUGAUAGGCGCUUAUUGCAUAUUGCUGAGUUUUUUGUUGUGCUGGGCAUUAAGACUUCAAAAAAUGGGACUGUGAAUAGAUGGGUGUUGACAAGUGCAGUGAGACCUUUCGUUUGCAAAGCCUUCCCGAACAUCAAGAUUCUGGGUGAUCCUGAGUCUAUCAGACUUCUUGCAAAGUUGACUUCUAUUUACGGUCCUACAAUAUUUAAUGAGCUUGGUAUUUCUUCAACUAAAGAACUAGAGUCUGAAGUCAGAGACCAGGACUUCAAGGAUCAUGAGCGUAUGCUGCAAUAUUUCAAGGAAGGAAUUGUACCAUGGUGCCUAGAUGGCGACGACGAACUAAGUGAAGCGAAAGCUGAAUUAGUACUAGCUUUUAUACAGAGCCCUAAAUUCCAAGAGGAGUGGGACUUUGUCGUCGCUCACGUAACUGGGGGCCUGGGCGACACUGAAAAAAGCGUGGAUCUGAAGUCAGUUGGAGUUUUAUCAACGUUAUUGGAGAAAGUAAGUGAGAUUGGAGGUGUGACUUCAAGAAACCAAGGUGUAGUUGGCGGAGAGAAGGAUACCCUAUCGGAGUGGUGGAAGUCUCCUAGAAUAGAUAAUGCAGCUUUACGUGUGGCCUCCAGUGAUCAACUUUCGCAUCCUGCUUGCUACCGCCUUGUGAGGAGCGUUUUGGGAGGCAUGAGGUCUGAUGCCAGGGUUCCAUCCACCGCCUUCAACAAGGCUACUGUACAGAUCGAGACACCUGGUAGCAAUUGUCAGUCUGUCACAUUGAUCGUCUCAGACAACGCUGCGAAGCAGAUCUUGCAGAUACUUCUGAUGCGUAUUCUCUCGGUACUAGCUUUAUCAGAUAGCCUUUGGGUAAAGUCUGUACCUUCUCGAUUUGUGGACAGUCAAGACAGUGAACUUCUGACGUUUUCUGUCGAUCAGAAUCGUACGGAAGAAGUGUUAGAAUUAGCUGCAACUGCAGUUCGCGUUGUUCGUGAAGGUCUUCAAUGUCUUCGAUCUCUGGACAGAGAUUCGACCGUAAGUGGAAAGCUGGUGGCUGCUUUGUUCUGUCUACGUUGGGGAUGCCCAAAGUUGGCUGAUACACCUUUGUCUGGCAAUGAUUCUGACUCUGAGGUGGAUAGUGAAGAGGAUGAAGGGUCUGAGGAUGGUUUCCUUUUAGAUGAGGAAAUUGUGCAGCGGAGUCCUGUCAAUAUCUUAGAUGAAGUUCCAGGACCGGUUCCUGAUGAAACUUCCGGUGAGCUACAACAAGAGUGGAUAGAUUUGAUGGAGUCCGUAAGAGACAUGCGACUUGAAUUGUCUCCUCUUUUCUGUAAGAGCUUCAGUCCCCUGACGAGGUUCCGAGUUCGUCAGAUCUUGAUUCAUUGUCUCAGGGAUGCCGUUUUUGAUGCAAAUUUUGAGACGCCCCAUCGAGUAGCGGUCAAAGUCGCAGCUUGGGCGAAAGAAGUAGUCACGUUUACGUGCGAGGGUCCAGGAGAAGUGUCUGAUGCCUUGGACAUGCUGCUUGCUUCGGGUGAUUGUUGGCCCCAGUGGGUGGAUGUGCCUUCACUACUGCAGAUAAAGCCGGGACAGAAUUUGGUUGCUCGCAAGGUGCCUCACGAGUUACAGGACUCUCAGACACGAAGACAUGAACGGUUUGCUUCCUUUGUAGAUCUUCUGUGUCGAACUUUGAGUCCACGGGAAGUUUAUUUAGGAUCGAGUGCGCCUCCAGACCCAGAAGUAAAUCAGGAUGAAACGAAGUCUAUCAUAGACUUGGAAUUAUGCAGCCAGUCGUGCCGGACUUGGCUGGUCGUGGAGCUUCUUUGCACUUGGGAAUGGCCUGGGGGAACUGCUUCGCAAUCUGUUAUUCCUCUUUUAUGUUCUCUUUCAAGAACAAAGAGAGAGAGCACAGAUUUUCAUCUUCUUUGGAACGUGAUCGAAACCCUCUUUGUUGGCGCCUCAAAUGCCUGCAAUCGUGACUCUUCAUCUGAGAAUCGAUCUUUCACGGGAUUUGAAGACGACAAGAAGAGCAUGGAUGAACCAUUUUUACGAGCCUUGUUGAAACUGUUGAAAGGACUCCUGGAGAUGGAAGAUGGAUGGAGCAAGGCUGAUACCAGGCUCCUCUUUCGCCAGUUUGUCACCAACCAAGAUGUUGUUACAUUUGUUUCACCAAUAUGUGACAUUCGUAUUUUGCCCUCUGUUUUGUCUGUUUUGAUGCCUACCCUUCGCAGAAAGCCCGGCAGUGUCGAGAAAAUAGACAGCAGCGUCGAGGAAGAAUGGCAUUCACUACUUAAAACUGCUGUUUCCGAGUGGUUGUUGCUAGCCAUGUCUGCUACACCUUUAGUUGCUUGUGACGAAUAUUCGAAAUAUUCAGGUGUUAUGUGGAUCCGAGUAGCGGUAGCGUGUUUUCCACAAAAUGCCGCGGGAGGCGUAUCUGCUAUGGCAUCAGCUUUUGCAAUGCAGGUGUCCCCGGAAGAGAAGGCAUUGCUUUUAUCACUUCUUCAGAAGCAGUUUUCUCGCGAGGCUAUCGCAGCUGUCGCUGGUUCAGCAGCAAUUCGUCGCAAUGCUCCUGAUCAAGGAGUUUUUGAUAAGAAACGGAAGCAGGUUGUUGAAGGCAAUCUAGCUAAGCUCGUGGCUGCAGCUAUCGCUUACUGCUGGCUUAGUUUUGGAGUUGAAGAGUGGGAGUUUGUUUUAGGCCGUUUGCGUACUUGGAUGGAAGAAGCCGUUGUGGAUGCAGAAGAGUUCGCCGAAAAUGUUGUUCAUAUAGUCAAGGAGACAGCUGAGAGUUCAAAAAUGGAGUUACAAAAUGACCUGGCUGUGGUAGGGCUUGAAAAUCUUGUUAGUGAGAAGGAUAUAGUUUCGACCGAACUUUCGAGCACGGCUGUAUCUGUGUUUUCCCUUCUGAGGGGUCUAGAGCAUCUCGAGGGAGCGGAAUCAACUGAUGCCAUAACUCACAUGCAGACCGCUAAUUGGAAAAACAUAGAAAUGCGGGCUUUGGAGGAUGUGUUGAGACUCCUAUUAGCAAUAGGUUUAGCAGAAUCAGCUGCAGCGAAUUCUGAAGUGGGAGAAAAAGCAAGGAGUGUCAUAGCUUCAUGGAGAAAGUUGCAGGGUCAAUUAUGGGACAAUGUGGCGGACGUUGCCCUCAGUGCUUCUAACCAGGCUCGAGAAGCAUCUAUACGCGCUGUUGACUUAUGGGGAGUGGGAACCGGUGCUAUCAGUGCACUCUACGCCCUACUCUUUUCUCCACAGCCAACGAUGUCUCUACAAUGGGUCGCUUACAACUUCCUGACCUCUGGUCAAGUUUUACAGAUGGCCAUUACUUGCGGUGUUGUCAGUUCAGGAGAGGGUGACGUAAAAGGUGAGGAAGAUGUCGCCGGAGACGAAUCUCAGGAAGCUCUUACGUCUACAGUAGCUCAGAUCAGGCCCGAGCUUUCAAGUGUUAUCGGCGCAAGUCCUUCCGCGAUUCUUGUCCAGCCACUCACGUCACCAUUAAGGGUACGCUAUUUACUUGGUUGGUCGUUGUUUUUGACGCGGCUACCAUCGCUGGCCGCAUCAUCAUCGACAAGAGAGAGGCUAGUGCAGUAUGUGCAAGAUUCAGAUAUAUCUGCUACACUGCUUGAUUGUCUAUUUCAGCACAUUCCUCUGGAUCAGAAUGUUGGGGGUCCCGGGUCACGGAGAAAACACUUAGGAGCUGCAACGAAGACUAGCAGUGCUGCUGCUGCCGCGACAAGAGCUGCCGCCACUGGAUCUGUUGCCUUCGCUGUAGAAGGGCUGUGGCCAGUUCAAAAGGAGGGCCUGGUCACUUUGGCUGGGGCAAUUUAUGGCUUGAUGCUCCUCGUCUUGCCUGCAUGCGUUCGGAUCUGGUUCACUGGUUUACGGGAUAAGGCUAUGGCUUCUGCCAUCGAAAUAUUUACAACAACGUAUUGCAGUCCUCAACUUUUAUCCGACGAGUUUGCACAGGUGCAGGCAUCAACGUCUCGACCUCAGGGUGCAGCCUUGGACGAAGAUGAAUUUUCGAUAAGAGCUAAUCGUAGCUCAAGGGAGGUUACUGCAAUCUACAAGAAAGAGGAAGCGGGCAUGGACAUCGUGAUCAAGAUGCCUCCGUGUUAUCCAUUACGGGCUGUUGGUGUUGAGUGUACGAGGCGGAUGGGAAUUGAUGAGCAUCUACUUCGCAAGUGGAUACUGUCCAUGGCUUCAUUCUUGCGUAAUCAGAAUGGAGCUGUCUCGGAGGCGGUUCAAAUGUGGAAGCGGAAUGUGGACCGUGAAUUUGAGGGAGUGGAACCUUGCCCCAUCUGCUACAGCAUCAUUCACACAUCGAAUCAUAGUCUCCCAAAGUUGGCGUGCAAAACUUGCAGAAAUAAGUUCCAUUCCGCCUGUCUUUACAAGUGGUUUUCCACCUCACAUCAAUCUACAUGCCCGCUCUGUAAAACCCCAUUUUAGGUUAUACUACUUUAGGCAGCACAUCAAUGGGCAUAUUCUUCUCAAAAUUGUUUGGUGCGCAGAAGCUACCAGAUUAGAUUGUAUCAUAUAAUUCAUUGUCAACGUAGGAUCAGGUUUUUGGAAAUGAUGGGAAGUUCCCGUUGAGUCUUUCAUUGUAACGUUGUAACACUUUCGAGCAUGUAGAUGAAAGCGUAGAACUUAGCUUCUCCUAGAGCUCGGAAGUGGUUACCCUCAAGGGUAAUCACUUAGAAUCAAUAACAGUGGUACAGGUUCUUCCACCUGCAGGUGACGGUAGUACCUGACUUUACCUGCUAGUUUUGAAUCAAUAUGGGAGCAGGUGAACACACAUUAACAGCUGAUAAUCGUUCGAUAUCCUACAUUGUGAGAUUGCUGUCAACAUUACCAUUACACCAUUGAAGCAGCUGCUUCAAGUGACGGCUUUCGUCAAUGA